AUGUCCGUCCUAUUUUGCUGUUCUGGUAGAUUAGCAGACGGCUGGAUAAGUGAGCGCCGGAGAGGUCCGAUCGUGCCCGCACGUACACUUCCAGGCAACCCGGCGGUGCGCUUCGCAACCAGUUUACUUGGAGCGGGAACGCUCACCUCACGUGCGUCGGGAGUGUUAAGCUCUGGCACAGAUACAGGAAUUCGGAAGUGCAAGAUAACAACGUCAGGAGGCGGCUGUCUCUUCGCUGUACGUGUUCGCGAUACUCGUCAACUCGUUCAGACACGGCAACUGCUUUCGGCGAUUGCCGCCCUCCGCACGUCCUCCCAUGACCCGCGUGACAGAAACAACAUCCGAAUGAGAAAGGCCGACGUGAAUAUACUCUCUUGUUCGUCAGAUGUUCCCCCGUCGCCUUUCGUGUCUCUUUCGUGCUGGCCUUUCAUGCCUGCAGCAUCGUAUGCUGCUGACAGUCUGAAUUCAUGCGACUGGUGCGACAAGGUCCGACGUCUGUCCGGACAGGCAGUUCACCAUUUCGAAGGGGCGCUUCUAGAGAAAAAAGAAUGCCAAGCUCAAUGUGAUCAUCUGUCGGAAGACCAGAUUUCGUGUAGCUGUGAAGGGACUGCGAGCACGGAAGGCUUCCGAGUCACACCGCAGGUAUCAAGUUCAAGGGAGUUUCAGGUGUAUUCUCCACCGGAAGCAGCCGCCUCAACUGUCCGCGCGGCAGGUACCAGAAAUCAUUUCGAAGACACUACUACUGUGCAGCGGGGCAGAAGAUGUGGCAAAGAAUGCAAAUCUGGGCGUGGCGCAUGUGACCAUUGCAAACGCGGUUUCACAGGGAUGCCUCUUUCCCCUGUUUACAGUAGAAAUAAACUCUCCGAAGACAACAGAAUACAUGCGGGAGGUGUAGCAGGAGCUGGGAGUAGUGCAGCGGCGCGUGAUGACGCGAAUACACAGUCCGCUGUGGACGGUUUCACGCACACCGGUCAGAUGGAAGUCAGCCACGUUAGAAAUGCCGGCGUUUGGAGCAGUCACCAGGGUGUUGGGUGUUCGGCCAAGUGGGAGGCCCGUAGCACCAUCUCCAACGACGGCCACCCUCAUCCAGAACAUUCGUCUGCCACAACCGCAGAUGUGUUCAGCAACAACGGCAAGAUCGGCCCUCUCCUAGCUAUUGAAUCAACGAAGUCGCACACCGGUGCAUGUGCCAAACCGUGCCUCCUGUACGACAACAUCAUGGAAAUGCCCGACGCCAACACAAGGUCGACAGACGAUUCUGUGGCGUGGCAGUGCUGCCGAUCCACCCAUCCUGACUGUUACAACGCCACAUUCUGCGCAGCGCGUGCGCCAAUGCCUAUGCGGACAUCGCUACAAUAUGUAACAGAACGUGGACACGCACAGAAAUCCGAAGGGCUGUCGUUUGGAGAUGUUACCACAGUCAGGUGCUUUCAAGGUCCACGAGAGGAAGAAGGAGAGACGGAUACAGUCCAUAGAUCAAAUAUCGAGUGUACAUUUUGUGUGACGGACGAACCGUGCGAUACAUCAUUCCGGGGAGUGCCACUCGCAGUGGCGGGAGGCUUACCGGGAGCACCUAACUCGACCGGCGUACACCGGUCAACGGGAGACAGUCACUACCAGGCGAAACAAAAGAGAGCUCCAGCGGUGAACACGACACUGCGAACUGAAAAAUCGGGCUUACUGACCUCAGCGGGUUCGACGUCAGCACGAACUAGCGGAGUCAGGAGGGUGUUAACUGCUGAUUCAUCGUUUCCACAGAUGAACCAAGACGCUGUGUAUCAGGGAAUCUGGAUCUUACACCAGAAGCCGGUUCAUCAGGGAGAAGGCUUGAGUCAAUCACACCCGAUUUGUUCGUCAGUGAGGGCCGUUAAGUCAGAGAUAGUACACUCGCCGGAGGAACAGGUGCGACAGGGUGGCAAGGUUAAGAGGCAAGACGCUUCUCGCCAUAUGCGUGGAGGAAGUCCUCAAAAUGAAAACAGAGUUGUGGAGAGAAAAGCACUGCGGGAGGGGGGCGGGACUGUAGAUGAGACGAGGUUUCAUUCGUGUACUGAUGACGACAAUGACUCGAGCGAGCAGGCGCCAUCUCGGCGAAGCAUACGCCCGCUACGUUGUAACAAUAAACGAGACAAGCUAUGUAUGCAAAUACGGGGUUCCGAGAUUCUCCCUUCAUCAGAAGGCGGCAUACUCAGACGGAAGUUGAACAUUACUGGAAGAAGAACCUCCGGACCCGUCUCAAGUACGGCUUCAUCCUCCCUCACACGCGUACUGCGGAUGUUGUUUACGCCCUUGUCCGUCGGUGCAUUUUCGGGUCAAAGUAACGCGGUGGUGCGUGUAGGUGCCUGCGGCAGCGUAUUCCAGCAAGUUGAGAUGAAACAGUUUCCCUUGAAAGACCUUGUAGCGCAUCGUACCCCCCGAGAGCCGACGAACAUGGCACUGUCCGAAAGGCAUGUCCGGUCGGAGAGCCACGUUGUGUGUAAGUCUGAUUCUAAGAAGAAAGAAUCAUAUCGACACGUAGCAGAAACCAGUGCAAGGACACCGUCUCCCGCAACAUGUCACAUUGUUGUAAGGAAGGAUGGGGAACACGUCGGUGAGCCCUGUCGUGAAAAUCAUUUUGUCAGAGGAAGCUUGCUCGCGUCCGCGCUAUCUGACAUCUUCGAUGCGAGCUGUGAAGCGUCCGACGUAGACGUUUCUCUACAGCCCCUGUCAGUAGUUUCUCCGGCCGGAGAUAUGGAAGGAAGAGGUGUGGCUGGAUGCAUUCAGCGGCUCUUUCUGUCUGGCGUCACAGAAUAUCCUUCAAGACAAGUACGGACGAACCCAAAUAGGCGCCCCGACAUGUCGAAUCAGCCCGUGACAACGGAGGUGGAACAGAGGCUGUUCGGUUCUACCGGUCUGGCAAUGGACCAUCCCGUCUCAUCAGUUUCUGCCGAAGUCUUGUUCCAUCAGGAUACGCCUGCUGCAGGAUCACAUGCCGUAUCCAAGAGCAAGAGGAACAGUGGCAUACUUGUCAGUCGAGAAGGCAGCCUUCUCUGCUGCGAUGAGAAAAUUUUCGACAGAUCUGUCGGCAUAUCGACUUCCCGUGGAAGAAUGCUCCAGAGUUGCGUGUCACACGGGGCACAGCCUUUGUCUCCACGAGGACGUAUGGGGCAAGGAUCGCGUUCUGAAGGCCCGAUCGUUGAGACAGACGAAGAGACUGACGAUGAGAAUGAGCGAUUCGCUGCUACCGAGAUUGGGGAUGAGGGGCGGGCGUCGCACUCUUUUAGCGAACUCGUAUGGAAGGAAUGCGCCACGGCGCGGUGGCUGGCGGAUGUUGAUGAGGAAGGACGAAAUAGCGUGGUAGCGAGUAAUUCUCCGGAUCUUGGUUCACCUCGUUCGUCUUCUGCAUGGAGAAGUUCAUUUCUGGAUACGUGCAAUCAGAAAAAUGUUGUGCGGAGGAACAACACGGAAACACAGAGAGUUGGAGGCCGGCUUCAACUGGGCACUCUACGGGGAAACCAAGAGAGCGAACGGAUAGGAGACUUGAGCGGCACGGAGGACCACUGCAGCAGCAGUGAUGAGAGAACCACCGCAUCACGCAGAUGCCUCGAUGAAAACGUGCGAUGCCGGUGGCUGCGUUGCAGGGACACUGGGAAAAUGAUGCGCCACGCUUCACACACGCUCUGCGUCAGAGCCGCUCCGGAAUGUAGCGCCCCUCCCGAGCCAGUGGUUACGGUUAGUAGGCGCGUUUGCUGCUGCGACUACAGUGAGAACCCAUCACGCUUUGCUGGUAACUGUGAGCGGCAUGCCGGAGAAGCUGUUUGCGACUGUUUACCUUGCAGACGAUGUGGAGGGUUUCCCGCACCAUCAAGCGGAUGUAGAGGAGGAACCAGUCAGAUUGGAUGGGGUCAUUGUAGCAGGUGCUACGCUUGCGGUGGUCGCGCGCCUGAGCAAGCAAUUUCCUUAUCUUGGGAGGCGUUGACAUCGGUACGACUACUCACAGAGAUCGCCUCGGCACUUCCUCAUUAUCCGUCGCAUGGGCAUUUCCUGGAAGAGGAGCAAAUUUUGCUGUUGGAUUGGCAGUAUCAACUUGGGCAACGACGCAUGGAGUCCGGUGUACCCCCCUGCGUGCAGCAUGGGGAUGCGACGAGAAGUUUGACUUCACCGAAAAGGGAUGUCAGUCAUGACGGUCACCAAGGAAACAGCGGAACAAACGCAGAUGAAGCCGGCCAAGGGGCCAUGGCAGGCCGAGGAAAGUGCGAGUGGAGCCGCACCACCGGUGCCAACGUAGGGUCGUCGUCAUGUGUGGUUGAUGCGUGUUUGGCGUCUGCGGGUAGACAUCAGGCGGCGAGCAUGCGUCCGUUUGCACGAGAUGGAUUCGGCGAGUCUACUGCGGAGAACAGACCCCGUCGGGACGGCGGACUGCCACGUUCUCUUGGAUCUCUGGCGACCAAGCUCGGUGUCUACAAGGAAUUACUUCAGCCCGGCGACAGUCAUUACGACUUCUGCGUAGUCGCGGCGUGUUUGAAUGAGUUCUUCCUUUUCCAUGGAUGCAAAGCUGAUCGCGCGGAACUUAUCGCCGUCUCAGGGUUCGACUUCCGCCGAGGCGGAGAGAACCGUGGCAAGUUAUUCGGCGUGGGCACGUAUUUCUCGCCGCUCGCUAGCAAGGCGGAUCUCUACACUCGUCCCAUAAGGGAGCCGUCCACUACCGCGCCUGCCGGAGUCAGGGCUGGUAGCGUUGCGUCGAGCUCCACAGCAGUCCGGGCUCCAUCGUCAAACCAGGUGCAAUCAGGUGCUGCAAAGGUUGACGGAUCUGGAUCGCGUGGCACUUUUUCAAACAGCAAAAAUAACUUCACAAGCGUCUUCAAACGGGGGGCACGUACAUCCACGUCUCACUGUUCGGGAAGGCAGACGGAAGCUCAGCCAAGGGAGGAACGCCGGGGAAGCAAGAGCAGGGUUCGUAGGCUACUUGCCUUUGCAUCAUACGGAUUAUGGGAAGGUAAUAAUGGUGGGAAUGGACACAACGAGGUUGAAUCUCCCUUAUCCGGGACUCGUGCCCCGCUCACUUCCGGCGAUUGUGGUGAGACGCGGGGGGAGUGCCUGGCAUGCACGAGGUCCUUCGCCUCUGUUGCCCGUAUCCCUCGCGCCCGAUCUUACUGCUGUCGCGGCCUCCCAGGGAGCUCCAUGAUUAAUUUUCCAGACGAGUUUCAAAAUGGAGAAGAUGACAAUAAGCUGGAAGAGGAUGAUAGGGACUUCCGAGAAGCUCAGCGGCAACCCAGCAGUGAAAACGGGAUCAGUCAGAGAGGAGAGGAUACGGAUGGUGCGAGUGCAAAUCCCAAAACAGCAAUUCGAACACUAGUACUCAGUCGAGUUUGCCUUGGUGAAGUCUACAAGGCUACUCGAGCUAUGCCAGAGGCACGUAUGCCCCCACCCAUGCCCGGGGUCAGCAUGGAUGCGUUCAGGGGACCAUGCCAUCCAGUGGUAGGAAGCGGGAAUGCCGGGGGAGGAACGAGUGGAACCGCAAGUUCAACUAGUAAAGGUGGCAUCGAUGCGCUCGUGUGCAACCCGACCUUCUCAGAGCCACAGUUGAUCCACUAUGACUCAGUGAUGGCGGAAAACAGAACGAGAGGCGGCGUUGUCGACAGCAUCGAGUUCGUCGUCUUUGAGCGUGGUCAGGCCCUGCCUUUGUACUGCAUCACGUAUACUCACGACCCUUCUUGCUGCUGUGCAUCCUGCUACCGGUAUGAUUGAGGUGUAAUUUCUCUAAAGUCCGAGGGGACCGUGCUGACUCCCAUACAUACCCCAGAAGGGGCGUUGUGCGAAAGUUGGUUCACGUCGUACGACGCCGUUCUGCUUGAUCGUUUUUCUUCGUGUCUGAUCGUUCGACGAGUCGAUUGGCAUUAUGAGUGCUGAGAUUGUGUCGGCACGUUGCGAUGUGUCUGUUAAUGUGGAUGGAGUACCAAAGACGAUACCGUUAGUGCCUUGGUGUUAUUUAUUCAUUUCCUGCUUCGAAGCGACUAUGCUACCGGCUUUGCACUCAACCGUGUGGUGGGCGUUUUCGAAGAAUCUGUUGACCACAAACCUCUGUACUUCAUUUGGCUGUUAUUUCGCAGAUGUGUUAAUUUUGUGAAUCUGCAUGAUGCGACCACUCUCCUCGUUGAUUGGCUGGAAGUGUCGUUCGUGGGCCCUAAUCGACUAGAUAUCGGUAAGGGCCGCCUCUUGGAUGAAACUUCAGAUCUGGGACGCGUCCAAAGUACUUUCGUCCGUACACAGCAAUAGCCUAGGUACAUACUGGUUAUUAUUGCACUAGCAACGAUAUUGUUUGUGUACUUCCUCACGAAUUCGUAGUUUUGCAAGUCUUAUCGAGGUCCAUACGGAAGAAGGACUCGCGAAUUGUGUGUCUGAUGUUGACGGGCCAUGGUACACACCAGCGCUGGAAAUAGAUGACUUCAGGACACAAAUGUUACUUCUGCGCACGGGGUGGCGGGUUGACCCGACACUCACACAGUUAAAUAGAACAGU